UUCUGAUUGUUUUUCAGGAUGAUGGAAAACUACACGUACAACAGUUUCACACUCCAAGUGGAGGGGCUUCUUCUUUCUGAAGAAAUGACAUAUCCAACGUUCCUGAUCUUCUUGUUCUCCUACAUUUUCAUAAUUGUUACUAAUGUAGGAAUUGUGGUUCUGAUUUUUGUGGACAAAAGUCUUCACCAGCCAAUGUACUUGCUUUUUUCCAACCUACCACUAAAUGACAUUCUGGGAAAUUCUAUCCUAGUGCCUCGUUUGCUGCUAGACAUUUUGCGACCCUCCUCUGAACGACUCAUCAGUUAUUAUGAAUGUGUGGUUCAAGCUUUCACCACACACAUGUAUGGCACUACCACUCACACCAUUCUCAUCAUUAUGGCAUUUGACAGAUACGUGGCCAUCUGUCAACCACUGCGUUAUGCUUCCAUAAUGACCAACAGAAUGGUGAUCAAGCUGACGGUCUCUGCCUGGGGGGUGGCCUUAGUCUUAGUGUCUGUUUUACUUGGUUUGACUGUAAGACUCAGCAGAUGCAGGACUUUGAUCAAAGGGUCCUACUGUGACAAUGCUUCACUGUUUAAACUCUCCUGUGACAGUGUGGUCAUAAAUAAUGUCUAUGGCCUCACCUUCACUGUGGCUCUGUUCACAGCUUCUAUUGGCAGCAUUGUUUUUACCUACACUAGAAUCACUAUAGUCUGUCUAACCAGUAAGAACAAGUCACUGAACAGUAAGGCCCUGCAGACUUGUAGCACUCACCUGGUGCUGUUUCUAAUUAUGGUGUUUUGUGGACUGUCCAACAUUGUUCUCCAUCGCUUCCCUGAGACGACAGAGUACAGAAAACUCAUGGCCAUUCUGUUUCACAUUAUUACCGGCAGCCUCAACCCAGUUAUAUAUGGAGUACAGUCG